AUGUUGAAUUCAUGCGGUUCUACCUUGGAGCAUUGCUCCGAACACAUCGUGGGGCAAAAUAAUGAAAAUCCUACAGUUUCGAUUGCUAAGCUUCUUAGGAAAUCAAACUUCACAGUCAGGUCUUUGACAUGUAGAGCUGGUCAGACCUGUAACCAGGAAUGUCAUGCCAAGGUUUUCACCCUUGGACAGGGAGGUCUCCAUCUCCUCCAAGCAGUUCUGGGCACCACUGUGAUUCCUUCCUGCAUCCCGGGAGAAUCCGAAGAUAACUGCACAGCGUUAGUUCAGAUAGAAGACAACCCACGUGUGGCUCAAGUGUCAAUAACCAAGUGUAGCUCUGACAUGAACGGCUACUGUUUGCAUGGACAGUGCAUCUACCUGGUGGACAUGAGUCAAAAUUACUGCAGGUGUGAAGUGGGGUACACUGGUGUCCGAUGCGAGCACUUCUUUUUAACCGUCCAACAGCCCUUGAGCAAAGAAUAUGUGGCUUUGACUGUGAUUCUCAUUAUCUUGUUUCUUGUCAUAGUCGCUGGUUCCAUAUACUACUUCUGCAGAUGGUACAGAAAUCGAAAAAGUAAAGAACCCAAAAAGGAAUAUGAAAGGGUGACGUCAGGGGAUCCAGCAUUGCCACAAGUCUGAAUGAGGCCAUCAAGCUACCGGCAGGGAUGGUUAUGCACGCCUGGUUAUGUUAAUAUUCCUAUUUUAUUAAUAAUAUUUAUGCUGGAUCAUGUGAUAAGUCGACAAUGGUGCACUUUUAAUAUAUUUGGACAAGUUUUUUUAUUUUUGUUUUAUUUUUGACAGACUAUUUGCUAAUGUAUAAUGUAUAAGAAAUAUAUAAUAUAGAAAAAAAGUCAAUAUUUUUGUAAGAAAUAAUUUCCUGGACUAAAUGCUUUAGCUCCAAAGCUUAGUUGCUGGCUACCGCCAUGUUUAGGAGUGAAGGAUGUCCAGUUUGUUGCUCAGGAAGUGUCACAAAUGACAGGUUUCUGUUAAGCCUAAGUAUAUGGUCAAAUCAACUCAAAUAAGUGUUAUUUUCCUACUCCUCCAAUUAGCGAUAACUGGUUUGACUAUAUUGUAGUUUGAUGUAUGACUUGGCACGAUGGUGUUAUGUAUUAAAACACUAAUGUGAUGGGAAUUGGCGAGAA